AUGCAUUUAGUCAGUCACCCAACAGUUCAGGGUCUCCUUUGUCAAUGGAGGACAAGUCAGGACUGCAUCAGUCCAGUUUCUCAGCAGGACUCUUCUACUACAGAGCCAUGCUGGUGUAAUCCCUGUUGUCAGAAUGUGGUUCGGAAUCAUAUGAAGGUCUUCCCUGAACAAGUCUUUGUCUGGAUGGCAGCAGAUGUUGCUCCUAAACCUGGAGAUAUUGUUUUAAACUUAGGAUGCAGCCUCUAUGAUUUUCAGUUCUUUGUUGAAGGACAACUGGACUUACUUGGGACAUUUCGCCUUAGCAAAAUGUCCCAAGUAAGUUCAGUUGUCCUUUCCAAGAGCGUUAGAUUUUGA